AUGGGUGUCCAGAAAAAGACUCGCAAAUUUGCAGAGGUCAAGCGAGUUAUUGGCCGUCGCGAUGCCCGACUGAAGGAGAACAAGCUCAAGGCAGAGCUGGCCCAGAAGGAGAAGGAAAAGAAGACCAUCAACGGCGAACUUAUUCGCGAAGCGCCACAGAUGCCAAGCAACAUGUUCUUCCAGCACAACACAGCCCUCGUCCCGCCCUACAGCGUCCUCGUCGAUACCAACUUUAUCAGUCACUCCGUCCAGCGAAAACUUUCCCUCCUCGACUCCAUGAUGGACUGUCUCUACGCCAAAUGUAACCCAAUCAUCACAUCUUGCGUCAUGAGCGAACUCGAGAAGCUGGGUCCCAAGUACCGAUUGGCAUUGAGGGUUGCGAGAGAUGAGCGAUGGACAAGACUCGAGUGCGACCACAAGGGCACAUAUGCCGAUGACUGCCUGGUGGACCGAGUGCAGAAGAACAGAAUCUACAUUGUGGGCACAAACGAUAAGGCGCUCAAGCAACGGCUACGCAAGAUCCCUGGUGUCCCAAUCAUGAGUGUGGCGCGGGCCAAGUACGUGAUAGAGAGGCUACCAAAUGCACCAGAUUCAUGA